CAAUUAACCUAAUUUUUUUUCUUAUUAGGUGAAAAGUUUUAGAUUUAGGUUAAUAUUAGCUGAAUUAUAUUAUUUUUUUGAGUAUUAAUUGUAACAAACAAAUUAUGAGGCCAGUGUUUGCCUUUCUGUUGCUGGGCCUCCUGUGUGCCUGUCAACUAAACCACGCAAACGUUAACCCGGAGUCCGAAGAUGAUAUUGACAAUGAUUUUGCCGAGUUCGACGAUGACUUUGUGGAAGCCAGCUACGACAACUCGGCCACAGCCGAAAAUGCCGACUCAUCAAAGGGUGUACCUGGUGGCUCGGUAAGCAAGGAAAAUGUGGACGCACCUAUUAAGCGCACAGUCAAUAACAAUGACGACGACGAUGACGAUGGUCUUGUGGAGAACGACGAUGAAUUCGAGCAUUUCCAAGAUGAGGAAGAGUUUGAGGGUUACGAUGCGGGCGACACCAUGGAACCGCCCAUUGAUCAGAAGACAGAACCCAAGCUAAAGAUUCCCAAUAUACCAUUGCAUUUCCGCACUCACUGGGAUUCCUAUUGGAUGGAAAUGAUUAUGGUUGCCGGUCUCUUGGCCUACUUUGCCAACUUCUUUGCGGGCAAGGCAAAGAAUGCCCGUCUCGCGCAGCUCUGGUUCAGCACACACAAAGCGCUGUUGGAUGAGAAUUUUGCAUUGGUCGGUGACGAUGGCAAGGUGGAAAAUGAGAAUCCCGGCCUGAUCAAAGAGAGCGAAAGUCUAUACACGCUUUGGUGCUCUGGUCGCACUUGCUGUGAGGGCAUGUUGGUGGAGCUGAAGAUGAUCAAGCGUCAGGACUUGGUGUCUCUAGUUGCGGGUUUGAUGCGUCCACAAUUGGAUCAGGCUCACAUCAAAAUCGAAUUGUCACGUGGACUAAUGGAUGCAUUCGUAUUUGCAGUGGGUAGCAAGAAGACGAUCACCAAGGUAUUCAAGGAAUACACAGAUUUGACUAAGUUCUGUAGUUUAGUUGCCAAGCCUGAGGAGCGCUACAAUGUGCCCAGCGGCUUUGGAGUGCUCUCCGAAAUACCGGAGGCCACAUCCGCCAUACUCGAGUCACGUGUUAUUACCGCACUUAACAAAUACCAAAGCUAUAUCGAUUACCUGCACAUUUCGGAUCAGUUCAGCGGCCAAGUACAACAGGAGGAGGGAAGCACGCUGAAGCAACCGGAGACAAAGGCUGUGCUGUUAGCCGGCUUCAAUUUACCCAAACAUGCCCAAAUGGAGACCAUUAAGCCCUUGUUAUUGUUGAUCUUUUAUCUAAUGGAACGUUUGAAGACUUACCGCAUGUCCAAGGAGGGUAAAGCCAAAGCAGAUAAGAAUCGCUUGCGUGUGGAGGAGGAGUUCCUUAAGAGUACCCACGCUGCUCGCGCCGAGGCAGCGGCUCAGCGACGCGAAGACAAGCGCAAGCAGGAGAAGGAACGCGUGCUCGCCGAGGAUGAUCCAGAGAAGCAACGCCGCUGGGAGCUGAAGGAACAGAAGCGACAAGCUAAAAAGAAUGCACCCAAAAUGAAGCGUUUGGCCGUAAAAUCUUUGUAGUUUUUGUCACAACUCCUGUGCCAUUUGUUCGCGCUCAUCCUUAGUACUAUGUAUUUUGUAGUUGGUUAUUCCUUAAAUGCCACACACGUUAAAGCAAUAAAGUAUUUGUAUCCUAAUGAGCGCCAAAAA